AUGAGAUAUGGGCUGGAACAUGCUGUGUACACAAGAAAACAACAUGGUAAUGUCCUAAUAGUUGGUGUUUAUGUUGAUGAUUUAAUUGUCACAGGAAAUUGUGAUGGUGAUGUCAUGCAUUUUAAGCAACAAAUGAAUAAAGAAUUCGAGAUGAGUGACCUUGGUUUACUCUCAUAUUACUUGGGAAUCGAAGUGACUCAACAUGAAGAUGGUAUCACACUGAAACAAAUAGGUUAUGCAAGAAAUGUUCUUACAAAGGCUGGAAUGGCAGAAUGCAAUCCAUCACAAUUUCCUAGGGAACACAAAGAGGAGCUUACGAAGGAUGAAGAAGGAGUUCCGAUUGAUCCGACACUGUUUCGAAGCAUUAUCAGAGGCUUAAGGUACCUCACACACACCCGACCCGACAUUGCAUAUGCUGUCGGAAUUGUGAGCAGGUUCAUGGAGAAACCUAUAGUAAAACAUAUGCAAGCAGUGAAGAAGAUCUUGCGGUACGUUAGAGGAAUAGUUGACAAUGGUCUCGUGUAUACCAAGUAUCAUAAAAGUGAUACAAUCACAGGAUAUUCUGACAGUAAUCAUGCGAGAGAUGUGGAAGAUAGACAGAGUACGGGUGGAAUGGCAUUUUACUUGGACGAAAACUUGAUUACUUGGGGCUCAAAAAAACAAAAAUGUGUGGCGUUGUCCUCAUGCGAAGCUGAGUUUAUGGCUGCAACUACCGCAACGUGUCAAGGUAUUUGGGUUAGCCGGUUGAUUCACGAGAUAACCAGGAAGAAAGCUGGUCCUGUCACGCUAUAUUUAGAUAACAGAUCAACUAUAGACCUGAUCAAAAACCCGGUAUUCCAUGGAAGGAGUAAGCAUAUCGACUUGAAGUAUCAUUUUAUAAGAGAGUGUGUUGAACGUGGGGAUGUGGUUGUUAAGCAUGUUUGCAGCAAGGAACAAAGGGCUGACAUUCUCACGAAACUGUUACCUCGAAUUCAGUUUAUAGAAAUGAGAAAGCUACUAGGAGUUAAGAGCAUAUCAGAUUCUAAAUUAGGAGGGAAAGUGUUGGCAUAA